ACAUAUAAAAAGUGUCCAACUGGUUAAUUAUCACCCAAGCAGCGUUUGUAAACUGAAUUUCGAUUCCUAUGCAUGUUCAAUCUGGAAUGGUGCCAGACAAGCAGUAGAUGAACAGAGUGUUCCUGCAGUGUGGAGAGGACGGCCCACUAUCAAGGACUCCUCAGCUUCAACUCAACAGAAUUUUCUGGAAGAAGAGUCAGAGAAACUGGGACUGAGGAUGUCAGCUGUGGGGGCAAACUCUUUCGGAGUAACAAAUUAUGUGGUGUUUGCUCUCAUGUUGGGGGUGUCUGCCUGCAUUGGGGUGUACUUUGCCUGGGUGGACAGGAGGAAGAACAGUUCAGGAGACUUUCUGACUGCGGGUCGUACACUGACAGCCUUGCCCGUGUCCAUGUCUCUGACUGCCAGCGCCAUGUCAGCUAUAACAGUGCUGUCUAACCCUGCAGAGGUAUAUCGCUAUGGAGCCAUUUUUGGACUGUUUUGUUUCGCCUAUUUUCUGGCAACAAUCAUAACGUCUGAGAUUUUCCUCCCCGUCUUCUACAGGCUGGGAUUUACCAGCACUUAUGAGUAUUUGGAACUCCGUUUCAAUAAAACCAUCCGUCUGCUAGGAACUAUAAUCUUCUUGUUUCAAACUGUUCUGGUUGGUGGAAUUUCUGUUUAUGGACCAGCUUUAGCAUUAAACAAAGUCAUUAACAUGGAUCUCUGGGUUGGAAUUUCGUCAACAGCUGCUGUCUGUACUUUUUACUGCACACUGGGAGGGAUUAAAGCCGUGGUGUGGACUGAUGUGUUCCAGUUGGGAAUUAUGCUCUCGGGUUUUCUGGCUGUUAUAAUCAAAGCUGUGAUCAUCCAAGGAGGAGUCUCCGUUAUCUUUUCAGAUGCACAGCAGGGAGGAAGGCUCAACUUUUGGGACUUCGAUAUGAACCCCUUGAGGAGACAUACUUUUUGGACUUUUGUCAUUGGAGGGACGAGUAUCUGCACCACUGUCUAUGGGGUGACCCCCGCUGCAGUUCAGAGAUACAUUUCCUGCAAGAGCGUCACUCAGGCCAGGCUAGCUGUGUACAUCAACCUGGUGGGGAUUUGGUCCUGCUUCGUGUGCAUUGUGUUUAGUGGGCUGUGCCUCUACUCAGUCUAUAAGGACUGUGACCCGUGGACAGCAGGACUGAUUUCUUCUCCUGAUCAGCUGAUGCCGAACCUGGUAAUGGACAUCCUAACAGUCAACCCUGGUCUUCCCGGGCUUUUCCUGGCGGCUGUGUACAGCGGUUCUCUGAGCACCGUUUCUUCUCUCAUCAAUGUACUGGCUGCGGUGACGCUGGAGGACCUGAUCAAACCGUACAUCAGGAGAUCAGAGAGACACCUGCUCGUCAUCUCCAAAGCCUUAAGUUUCUUUUAUGGCGUUGUCUUCAUCGCCAUGGCGGGACUGGCGUCAGUUUUGGGAGGGAUGCUGCAGGCGUACGUCGUCAUCGGCUCGGUCACUGGGGGUCCUCUGCUUGGCCUGUUCUCCUUGGGAAUGCUUUGUCCAUUCGCCAACUCUAAAGGAGGACUGUCCGGCCUCAUCUCAGGGUUAAUUGCAGCCCUCUGUGUGAGUCUUGGGGAAGUGAUUUCACCGUCGCCCCCUGAGAUGACUCGACCUCUGCCGCUGAGCACAGCAGGCUGCAACUUCACCACAACUCCACAACUCAACUGGACCACAACCGCACUGCCACAAGCAACAAGUUUGGUGUUCACAACAGCCGAGCAGAGCAGUGAGGACAUGGAUCCUGAGGCUGUGGCGUGGCUCUCCCCAUCCUACCUUUACUACAACAUUAUUGGAGCGCUCACAGCUCUGGCUGUGGGGACCAUCGUCAGCCUCUUGACAGGAGGCCUGAAGCAGAAGGUGGAGCCAACGCUGAUCUUUCAGAAAGAGGACUCAACUUUGUACCAUUUCUUUGAGUUUCUCAGGAAAACCUUAAGAGGAGACAAAGAAACAUCCCAUAGUAACCACGUCUGUGCCUUCAGCUCUGAACCUACACUCCGCAGGGAGUCUGUGGUCAAAGAGACCAGCUUUAAAACCUCCACUUCUCCUGAACCUCAACGGAGAAACUGCAAUGGGUCGAUGUAAAGACAGUUACUGCUGCAGCCCACCAUCAAGAUUCCACUUAGACAUUCUGUUUAUGUAUAUAUUUUUGUUUUUAGUCUAAAGCUUUCAUUCACCAAUCCCUCCAUUUUAUGUGUUCUUGCAUUUACAGACCCACUCAGAUCUCUUGAUCUAUUUUCUUCCCAGAGGUCUUUUAAUUAUGAUGUUUUAACCAAAAUCCAGAAACUUGUAUCAUUGUCUACGACAUUGUUUCUGCAGAGCGGCAGGAGUUCAUUAGAAGUUCAUCUCUGAGUUGUUGGUGGUACCGUUAGCAUGAAGCAACCCCACCACCCUUCCCUUCCCUGUUGCUGAGAACUCUGUUUACAUUCUCUCACACUAGUUUACAGCCCCUCACAACCUCAACCUAACACUACCGUUGCAAUAAAAAUAGUGAGUAAUAUCGUUUCUAUACAGCUGUACAGUUAUAUCCAGAUUCCAGCUCAGACGAGGAAAACAAAGAUGUUCAUAGAUCUAUUUUUCUGCAAGAGGAUGUGUUUUUAUUUAACAACUUGAAUAAAAAAAUACUCAGAAAUGUAAUUUUAAACUUAAAGGACUUUAUAUGUUCCCUCCAUUAUCAGAGAAAUGCCUUAAAGACAUGUUAGAAACACCAAAAAACCCCACAAUUUUUAUCAUAGUGGGUCUCUAGAAUGAUUUAUUUAAAUUUUACUGAUUACAAACUGAAGCUGCUAACUUUGAUUUCUGUGUUUUAUGACACAAAGUUUUGUUGGAUAAUAAGAAGUUCAAGUGCAUGCCCACACACGUUUUGAUUUUAUUAAUUCACCAAAAAAAGACAAUAUGUUACGGCUAGAGUUCAUGAACCCAAAUGCAGAGCAGGCUUGGACACAGGAGGAUGAAUCAGAUUCAUUUAAUGUUCUUUUUUUCUUAACAGAUAAAUCACCAUAGUUGAAUGGGGAAGCCGGUAAAGAAAAACUACAGAAAACAUGACAAAGAAAACCUAAGAAAUUCACAAAACGCUCCAACACAGAGAGAGAAACCAAAGGAACUUAAAUAGGCAAACAACUAAAUGUACUGAUGAGAAGCACCUGUGAACUCCUCCAGCAGGAAGCACAGGAAGUGGGUAGAGCAGUAAGGAGGAGCCACGGAAGACAGCACAAAACAGGACAGAGAAAAUUACACUAAACACACAGAACAUGUCACAA